AUGUGUAUCGCGACAGUUGUACGUGGAAGUUCCCUCUAUUUUUAUUUCAAAUCGAAAUCAUUCACCUCGGAGAAAUUACGUGAAUUUAUCAAAUUAUCGGCACCAGAUAUGGUAGUAACAGAAUAUAUUGAUUAUACCUAUUUAUCACCAGAUGGCAAUGACAAUCAUAAUACGCGAGGGAUAUUAGUAAGUUUUGAACAUCAAAAUUCGGCGCAAAUAUUCAUGGCGAAAUUUGAUCAAAAUAAAAUAUUUUUUACGCCCCAAAUGGACGUUAUGUAUGGCCAAGAGCCACCGGAGUAA